AUGCUGUCUGGAAAGUUGCUACGUCGAGGCCUCCAAGAGACGCUGAGAGCGACAUGGCAGACACGCAGUUUCUUACAUACUACAGAGAAGACAAAACACGACAUUUCAUUGACUUUGUGCCGUCAAAAAGAUGAUGGACCAAACUGCUGGAAAUGUCACCAUGUCACCGAUUGCUGCUCUUUUUUCUGUAAGACAUGCAAUGCUAUUCAACCCAUUAGUAAAAACUGUCACUGUGACUACUUUGAAAUGUUUCAAAUUCCCAAGAACUUUAAUCUAGAGCUACGCACUAUUGAGAAAACGUACUGGAAUCUGCAAAAACGCUUACAUCCGGAUCUGUACGGCUCCAAGUCAGAGUUUGAAAAGGAGCUAUCAGCUGUCAACGCUGCAGUUAUUAAUGAUGCAUACAAGAUGCUGAAAACGCCCAACACGCGCGUCAAGUACCUGCUGACAUUGCACGGAAUUGAUGCUCUUGGCGAGACUGCAAGUACUGCCGUAGACCCAGAGCUGCUUAUGCAAACGAUGGAGAUCAGAGAGCGAAUUGCAGAAGCGCCGGAUGUGGGCGAGUUGGGCAAGAUCCGCAAGGAAAUCUCGGACCACAUUGACGCUGUGAUUAACAAACUGGGCGAAGUGUACGACAGGGACCAGGACCUCGAGUCCACGAAGGAAUACGCCGUCCAGCUCCAAUAUAUGGUCAAGUGCGUAGAAGAAAUCGACCUCAAGGAAGAGAAGCUGGACGGGUAUUAG